CACCAUCAAAACACACCAACCUCGCUUCCAUCGCUUUUCCGCUCGUGUCGUGUGAAGCGGUGAACUUUAGCCGACUCCUGACUAGCGACUACCCUCCCACUCUCUCAGCUCGCUUCCCUUCCUCGCCUCGCCGGCCAAGAACCACCGCAAGAUUCGCCAUGGCCAGAUCGCCGGAGCCGCCGCGCUACUACGCCGCCGCGGGCUACCACCGCCCCUCGCCCUUCUCCUCCGUGGCGGCGUCCUGCGUCGUGGCGGCGCUGUUCAUCCUGCUCGCCGCGGGCGGCGCCGCGGCUGCGCUGUUCCUGCUCUACCGGCCGCAGGCGCCGGCCAUCGCCGUGACGGCCGUGCAGCUCCCCUCCUUCGCCUCCCGCAACGGCACCGUCGCCUUCACGUUCCAGCAGCUCGCCUCCGUCCGCAACCCCAACCGCUCCCCGCUCGCGCACUACGACAGCUCGCUCCGCGUCGCCUACGCCGGCGGCGAGGUCGGCUCGAUGUACAUCCCCGCCGGCCAGAUCGACGGGGGGCGCACGCAGUACAUGGCCACCAGCUUCACCGUCCCGGCCUUCGCCGUCACCUCCUCCGCCACCGCCGCCGCUUCCUCCUCCCCGGCGCAGACAAUCACCGUCCCCGCCUCCGGCCCCUCACCGGCGGCGGUGGGCGCGGUGGCGCUGCAGCAAGAACAGCCGCCGCCGCAGCAGCAGCAGGUGGCGGCGCUGCCGGUGAUGGAGGUGGACUCGCUGCUGGUGGUGAAAGGGAAGGUGACCAUCCUCCGGGUGUUCACCCACCACGUCGUCGCCGCCAAGGUGUGCCGCAUCGGCGUCUCGCCGGCGGACGGCCGCGUGCUCGGAUUCCGGUGCUGACCAAGACCAGGCCAAGAUCUGACUCUCCUCCAUUUGCCCAUUUUGGGGUUAAUCGGUGGUGUCCCCUGUCAAUCUCUUCAGUGAAUUCGUGUCAAAUUUGUAAGAUAAGUUAGUUUGAUUUGUAACUUAGAAUUCUUCUUCUUUCUGUGAUGAUUUUCUGAGUGUGUAUUUUUCUCUUGAAUCUUCUCAUCUUUGGUAGAUUUCUGCAGCCUUCUUGUUGUAAUUUUAAUAGAUUUUCUAGGUGUUUUCAGAGUCCAGGCCAAAGAAAGAUUUGGUUCUUGAGAUGUUCAGUUGGACAAUUUGUUUUGCUAAGCAACCAUAGUGAGGAAAUUAAAGCUUAUAAUUACAAUGUAUUAUCAAAAUUAUGUUUUGGACUUGUAAUCUUAUCCAUUCUUGCAGAAUAAUUGUGACAUUUUUGCAUCGGAA